ACCAACGAACCAAGUAAAGGGCGAGCCUCAGUUUUGCCUUUGUUGGUAAGGGACUAAGGGUAAUGCUUGGGUCUUAUCCAUGGCAUUCUUGUAAUUAUUUAUAAUUACAAGAAUGCCAUGAAAUAGCAAAAUUUCCGGAAUUUAAUGCCAAAAUUCAACACACAGAAUCACGUGCUUUCACUUUCGCCGCGUUGUUUUGAGCUUCUAGAAGAACAAGACCCGGAUCAUGAACAAGUUGCACAGUAUAGUUUUACAUGGCAAAACCUGUCGUGGAAUUUCAAGGUUUGGCACAUGUUCAACGGCUCCAGCUACCUUUUCCGCUCCCGAGAUUUCAGAAGAAGAACAUUGCAAUGCUUCUGGUUGUUUUGGCGUCAUCAUACAAGACAAGGACCUUCUCCGCAAGAGCCAGACCCGCAAUUCCACUACGGGGCUUCUUCAUGAUCUUGAUCUAAUUGACCGUGGUUCCCUGGAAGCCAACCGUACUCUAUACGGUAAGUUGCUGAAGCAAUGCACCCAUUUGGGGAAGAUCAAAGAAGGAAGAGCUGUGCACUCCCAUAUUCUCCGUUCGAAGUUCAGGGAUGACCUUGUUAUUCAUAACACCAUUCUCCACAUGUAUGCCAAGUGUGGCGCUUUGGAUGAUGCUCGUAAACUGUUCGACAGAAUAUCUUGUAGGGACAUGGUCACUUGGACUGCCUUGAUUGCUGGCUAUUCUCAGAACGAUCGCUCCGAGGAUGCCCUUCUUUUAUUCCCUCAAAUGCUCCGUGUUGGGUUGCAGCCCAAUCAAUUCACCUUGUCUAGCCUGUUGAAGGCUUCUGGGGCUGGGCCUAACAAUCGGCACGGCCAGCAUGUUCAUGCCUUUUCUUUCAAGUACGGUUAUGUUUCCAAUGUGUAUGUGGGGAGUGCCCUUGUGGACAUGUAUGCUAGGUUCGAUCAUAUGGAUGAUGCGCGGUUAAUCUUCGAUGGCUUGGCCAGCAAGAACGAAGUGUCUUGGAAUGCUUUGAUCGCUGGGUAUGCUAGGAAGGGUCAAGGAGAGCACGCUCUGAGUCUGUUUCGGGAGAUGCAGAGGGAAGAUUUUAACCCCACUCAGUUCACCUAUUCUAGCGUUUUUAGUGCUUGUGCAAGCAGUGGGUCUCUGGAGCAAGGCAAAUGGGUUCAUGCACAUAUGACAAAAUCGGGGGGUAAGCUUGUGGCUUUUGCGGGAAACACUCUUCUUGACAUGUACGCGAAAUCAGGUAGCAUUGAGGAUGCGAAAAAGAUUUUUGAUAGAUUGGUGAAACGAGAUGUGGUUUCUUGGAAUUCAAUGCUUAAGGGAUAUUCUCAACAUGGGCUUGGGAAGGAAACCGUGCAAUGUUUUGAAGAAAUGCUGAGGAUUGGAACUGAACCAAAUGAUGUAACCUUCCUUUGUGUUCUUUCUGCUUGUAGCCAUACUGGACUUUUGGAUGAAGGACAAUAUUAUUUUGAAUUGAUGAAGAAGAAAUGCAUGAUAGAACCGCAUGUUGCACACUACGUCACAAUUGUCGAUCUUCUUGGUCGAGCUGGUCUUCUUGAUCGAGCCUUGAAGUUCAUAAGAGAAUUGCCCAUUGAACCCACUGCAGCGGCGUGGAAAGCCUUGCUUGGUGCUUGUAGGAUGCAUAAGAAUAUGGAAUUAGGCGCUUAUGCUGCUGAACGUGUUUUUGAGCUUGACCCGUACGAUUCAGGGCCCCAAGUGUUGCUUUCUAAUAUCUAUGCCUCUGCUCGAAGAUGGGGAGAUGUCUCGAAAGUGAGAAAGAUGAUGAAAGAGAGCGGAUUGAAGAAGGAACCUGCUUGUAGUUGGGUGGAGAUAGAGAAUACAGUCCACGUGUUCAUGUCAAACGAUGAUGCCCACCUGCAGAGAGAUGAGAUCCACAGGAAAUGGGAGGAGAUGAGUGGGAAGAUCAAGGAGAUGGGAUACGUCCCAGACACAAGCCAUGUGCUUUUGCUUGUGGAUGAGCACGAGAGGGAAGUAAAGUUGCAGUACCACAGUGAGAAGCUUGCGCUAGCAUUUGCCCUUCUCAACACACCUCCCGGUUCUACCAUACGAAUCAAGAAGAACAUCAGAGUUUGCGGUGACUGCCAUUCUGCAAUCAAGUUUGCAUCAAAGGUGGUGGACAGAGAAAUCAUCGUGAGGGAUACCAAUCGGUUUCAUCAUUUCCGUGAUGGCUCAUGCUCUUGUGGGGAUUACUGGUAGUGCUUAAUACUUAAUCGCGCGCCUACAAAGUCUCAAAAGUCUGGUUUUUGUAUGGAUGAAAAGUUGGCAUGGCAAUGACUUCACGGGCCUCCUGGUUUGCGAUGAGAUAGUCUUCAGAAUUCGAAUUAGGAAGAGAAUUAUUUAGGCCUUUGCAUAUAUAGUUUGUGAUGGCCAAGGAAAGUAUCUUUAAGGAGAAAUCGCUUCUGCCAGGCAGUAAUUGAUCCGAUAUGUACGUGAUGGCCGGCUUUUAUGUGAGGGAACAGGCGAGGCAGGAAGGCAAAUGCUAUUAUUAACUAUGGAGGUCGAGAUUACAUGAUAUGCAAACAGAAAGCCAAAAAUGUGGGCAUUCCUUCUCUAAAAUCUACUCUCAAUUACUGCAUGUCGUGACUCCAUAAGGCUUUUCUAUAUGCUUAGCGUUCCAGGGCAGAAGCCCAGGAAGAUCAUCUCAAGGUUGUGUUAUUGGAUGAGAUCGAUCGUUUUCUUGCAUCAAAACGGUUGAAUUUUCCUCAAUGUUACAGCAAUAUUAUGCAAAAAUUAGUUACUAUA